CUCCCUCUCAGUGCGACUCCUCCGAGGGAUCAGGAGUAGACUAAGUCAAACUUCAUGCAGUUGGAGAUUUGUGCGCAACCUCCGAAGCAUCCGAGUCGCCAAAGGUGUCUGUGGUGAUGCUGCCAUGUGCCAGCUGCCAUCUGCCCUUAUACUUCUUUAUUCAGGACUGAUGUCCAGAUGGUGUGCCCCUCCAUGUGCUGCCCACUUCAGCUCUCCCUGAAUGUUUCAUGGGCCACGAACCGACCCAAGCACCCACGGCCACUUGAUUCAACCUUACCAGUCACUGCACUCCUCUCCCUCAACCCCCCAUCCCUGACCUUCACCCUCAGCCCCUCUUUUCCACUCAAGUGUCAAUCCUAACCCUGCUUCAGCCAAACAUGGUGGCCCGCAUUCCUGCUCUGGUCUUGGUCAUGAUGUGUCGGGGCGUGCUGCUCUCCGUUGGAGACCCUCCUCCGACCCGCCGAGAGAUCCGCAUCGAGGGCGACCUGGUGCUCGGCGGCUUGUUCCCCGUGCACGAAAAAGGUGGCGGUAUGGAGGAGUGUGGGCGCGUGAAUGAGGACAGAGGAAUUCAGAGAUUGGAGGCCAUGCUGUUCGCCAUCGACAGAAUCAAUAUGGACGAAACUUUGCUGCCGGGCGUCUCCCUCGGUGUCCACAUCCUGGACACUUGCUCCAGAGACACUUAUGCACUGGAGCAGGCUCUGGAGUUUGUAAGAGCCUCCCUCACCAAGGUGGACGACACAGAGUUCAUCUGUCCAGACGGAUCGUACGCUUUGCAGGAUGACAACCCACUCGCUAUUGCCGGCGUCAUAGGAGGAUCCUUCAGCAGCGUCUCAAUACAGGUUGCCAAUCUUCUCAGGCUUUUCCAGAUCCCUCAGAUAAGCUAUGCGUCGACGAGCGCCAAACUUAGUGAUAAAACCCGCUACGAUUACUUCGCCCGCACCGUGCCCCCGGACUUCUAUCAGGCCAAGGCCAUGGCCGAGAUCCUGCGGUUCUUCAACUGGACAUACGUGUCCACCGUGGCAUCGGAGGGUGAUUAUGGUGAAACUGGCAUAGAGGCCUUCGAGCAAGAGGCACGCAUGAGGAACAUCUGUAUCGCCACUUCGGAGAAGGUGGGGCGUUCAAACGCUAAGAAGUCUUAUGAAGCUGUGAUCCGUCAGCUCCUCCAGAAACCGAAUGCCCGAGUGGCUGUUCUCUUCCUGCGCAGCGAUGAUGCCAGAGAGCUGCUGGCAGCUGCUGCCAGGCUGAACACCUCCUUCAUCUGGGUGGCCAGCGACGGCUGGGGUGCGCAGGAAAGCAUUGUCAAGGGAAAUGAGGUCACCGCCGAAGGAGCCAUCACACUUGAGCUGGCAGCCAAUCCCGUGCCAGAAUUCAACCGCUACUUCCUCAGCUUGGACCCGGUCAAGAACCACCGUAAUCCCUGGUACAGGGAAUUCUGGGAACAGCGGUUCCAGUGCUCUUUAGGUGGUGGAGGAGCAGGAGUAGGUGGAGGUGUUGGACUCGGGGAGACUUCUCUCCUCCCGCCGUGUGACAAGGACUUGUCAAUGGACAAGAAUAACUUUGAACCCGAGUCAAAGAUCAUGUUUGUGGUGAACGCGGUGUACGCUAUGGCUCUUGCCCUUCACAACAUGCAGAGGAGUCUGUGCUUCAACACCACCAAGCUGUGCGACAGCAUGAAGGCCUUGGACGGGCGCAGACUCUACAGGGAUUUCAUCCUUAACGUCAGCUUCGCAGCUCCAUUCUCUCCACCGGGCAGUGAGACAGCGGUGAAGUUUGAUUCCCAGGGGGACGGCAUGGGCCGAUACAACAUCUUCAGCUACCAGCGCUCCGGCGAGCGUUACGGUUACAUGCCAGUGGGCGAAUGGGCAGAGAGUUUGACUCUGAGCAGUGAUCUAAUCCACUGGCCAAGAGAAGUGGUGCCCAACUCGCAGUGCAGCGACCCCUGCGAACGUAAUGAGAUGAAGAAAAUGCAGGCAGGUGAGUACUGCUGCUGGAUCUGCACGGCCUGUGAGCCUCAUGAAUACCUGGCUGAUGAGUUCACCUGCUCGCCCUGUGCUCCCGGCCAGUGGCCCACUGACGAUCUGACAUCCUGUUAUGACCUUCCUGAGGACUACAUAAUGUGGGAAGACGCCUGGGCCAUUGGUCCAAUUACUAUUGCUUGUGUAGGGUUCAUGUGCACGGGCCUGGUGUUCUGGGUGUUUAUCCGACACAACAACACGCCGCUGGUGAAAGCUUCAGGCAGGGAGCUGUGUUACAUCCUCCUCUCGGGAGUCUUCAUGUCAUACGCCAUGACUUUCCUCUUCUUAGCCAAACCGUCUCCCGCCAUCUGUGCCCUGCGUCGCCUUGGCCUUGGCACAUCGUUUGCUGUCUGCUACUCAGCCCUCCUCACCAAAACUAACAGAAUAGCCAGGAUUUUCAAUGGUGUCAAAGACGGAGCGGGCGCAGUGAGGCCACGCUUCAUCAGCCCGUCGUCUCAGGUGUUCAUUUGUCUGAGUCUAAUCUCCGUCCAGUUGGUGAUGGUGUCAGUGUGGUUGCUGCUGGAGGUUCCCGGGACACGACGCUUCACUUUGCCUGAGCGACGGCAGACUGUCAUCCUCAAGUGUAAUGUUCGUGACUCCAGUAUGUUGCUGUCACUGGGAUAUGAUGUGCUCCUGGUCAUCCUGUGUACUGUGUAUGCCUUCAAGACCAGGAAGUGCCCAGAGAAUUUCAAUGAGGCCAAGUUUAUUGGGUUCACCAUGUACACCACCUGUAUCAUUUGGCUGGCCUUUCUUCCCAUCUUUUAUGUUACAUCAAGCGACUACAGGGUUCAGACCACCACGAUGUGUAUCUCCGUCAGCCUGAGUGGCUUUGUGGUCCUGGGCUGUAUGUUUGCACCGAAGGUCCAUAUCAUCAUGUUCCAGCCCCAGAAGAAUGUGACCAGCCACAGGCUUAACCUCAAUCGCUUCAGUGUCAGCGGGGCUGCCACCACGUAUGCAUCUCACGCUUCUGUCAGUGCCCACUUCGUCCCAACCGUGUGCAACGGGAGAGAAAUCGUUGACUCCACCACUUCCUCCCUGUGACCACGUACAGUCCACUCUCUGAAUCUGCCCCUGCGACUGUUAUCCACGAACCAUCAUCCCCUCCAACCUUCUUCCCCCACCUCUCACACACACACACACACACACACACACACACACACACUGCAUACACAAAAACAUGCAUAUGUACACAUACACACAAUUUGACACAAACAAACAACCAACCUUCCUUGUGGACUAGAACUGUAUUGUUUCACAAAUGUAGAAAGUGUGUAAGUAUAAUUAAAUUAUUUUCUAGGGCUGUACAUACAUGAAAUCGACAUUGUUGUAAGUAGAGAAACAAAAGAACAAAAAAAGUUUUUAGGAGGAAAUUUUUGGAGCCUUUGUUUUUGAUAGCUUUGUUAUGAUGCUGUGUAAAUAGACAUGCACUCCAUCAUGGUAGGAGGGGGUGUGUCCCUUGGUCUGGACGCACAUUUGUGGCUCUGCUUGCCUCACCUGCAAUACCCCACUGACUUUUUAUUCUCAUGCUUUUUUGUAGGUCUCAUUGUAAUAAUUCGUAUGCAUUUCUAUUGUGUAUCUUUACAUUUGUAUAUUAUACUACUGAUGGUUCGAACAGCACAAUGUUGACAGUCCUGUAACCCUAGAAUGAAUGUGCACACAAGCUUAACUGGAUAGAAAAUAACGCCUGCAAAGGACAUGUACAAAAAAAAAAUACAUCAAACCCAUCGAA